GGAGGAAAGAGGUGAUUCAUGUACCGAGCAUCAUGCAGCUGGAGUCUUCUGCUUCUUCCUAUAGCCAGUGAAGCUUCCUUUCAACUCUCCUGCUUGUGAGCCAGAGGACAGUGUGUACUAGAGGUGUGAGAAAGAUGAGACUCAGGUCAAAACACUCCCAACAGAGCUCCCCAACAGACACUCCAUGGUACUUUGGGAUUGGUUCCAGACAGCUGAAGACCGGUUCUCCCCACAGCUGCCUCCCAGUGAAGAGAUCGAUGAAUCCCGUGUGGCCCAAAGCACACCGCUUCCACACCCGCCUGAUGUUUCGCCUCAAGGAUCGGAUGAAGAUGGAGAAGGGCCGGGGAGCGGAGGGGGAGGUGGCGGGCGCCGAGGGCACUCUGCGGGAGCUCGCCCUGAAGUGGUUCACCGAGACCCAGGCGCCGCUCAUCCUCCACGAGGGCAACUUCCCCGCCUGGUUCCAGGGAUUCAUCACCAGAAAGGAUGCAGAGGAUCAUUUGAGAGAUAAAGAGCUUGGCUGUUUCCUCAUCCGACUCAGCGACAAAGCAGUUGGCUACAUCCUCUCCUACAAGGGUCGAGACCGCUGCCGUCACUUUGUCAUCAACCAAAACAAAACGGGCCAGUUCAUUGUGACGGGGGACACGGAGAUGCACGACAGCCUGACCAGCCUGGUGGAGUACUACCAGCAGAGCCCCAUCGAGCCCUUCGGAGAGUACCUCACCUGCUCCUGCUUUCAGUCCUCCAGUGAGGAGCUGUAUGAUGUGAUCCAGUUCGACUCGAAGAAGAAGACGGGGGUGAGUGUGCAGGCCAUGAAGAGCAUGUGGGAUCAGCGCAGUCUGGGGUCAUGUGAUGGGGAGAGCCUGCCCGCCAUACCUCCGAAGAGCAAUCGCAGAGAGAGACCUCAGCCUGCCUCACAGGCUUUGCCUCCAGUGCCCAGAAGAGGCCUCCCCUCAAAGACGGCGUCUCUGGAGGACCCCAGCCCGUCUCAGGAGCGGAGCAGGGUCCUGUACGCUCGCCUGGAGCAGCCGCGAGCCACCGAGAGAGAGCAGCCGCCCCCCCGCACGCGUCGCGGCUCACACUCGCAGAGGUCGCCGCCGGGGCCCCUGGAGGACGAGCGCCGAGCGGGGACCCCUCACAGGGGCGCGUGGGCCAACAACAGCCCCUCGUCCGGCCCCGCCACCGCUGCUGCUGCCGCCGGGCCCGGCGUCGUGUACACGGAGCUCAGCCUCAUGGAGUGCCGCAGCCGGUCGAUGCCGCUGCUGGACGAGGCGGGAGCGGAUAGGCACUCCUACCGGCUGGGCGUGCCGCCAUCUACCAGCCCGCCCGGCGUGUCCCCGGGUCAGCCGCGUCGUGCCGGGCACACCCUCUCGCUCCUGGACACGAGGCCCGCGGGCCGGCCGCUGCCCAGCAGCAACAGCCUGGAGAAGCUGAACGGACCUCUGUACCACCUGGCCGGGAGACCUCCGAGCGGCGGGGGCAGUCACAGGAUGGCAGAGCUGGACGACGGGGCGCAGGAGAGCGAUAUGUACGCAGAGGUGCCCCACGAGUCCACGCGACGCUUCAUGGACAACACGUACGAGCAGAUCCCUGAUCACAAGGCUCAGGCCUGGGCAGAGGACCAAAGAACUCAGGGAAACACGUACGAGUGUCUGGAGGACAUAAGAGCCAAACAGCCCAACGCUGCUUCUAAGGGUGAUAAAUGGCGAUGGCCGUUUCCAGACCACUGGAAGAAACAGUGACGCCGUGGAUGGAGCCAAACACACUGAAUUAGUGACCAGACUGAAGUGUUAAAGAUGAACUCAGUGCCAGUCUACCGUCAUCUCUGCCAAUCACGUCCACAAAGGCAACACUACAGGAAAUCACUAACACACAGGCACACACGUACUGUAAGACAGCACCACUAGAAUUAGUUUUGAAGUUCAUCAGGAAAUAAAAAAAACUCUAGGGGUUCAUUCCUUUUACAUUUUAGUUUGACAAACGUUGAGUGCUGGACACACAUUUGGUGUUACAUACAUAAGUCUGUAAAUGACUAGGAUCUACUCUAAGCAAAGAGCAUUUUUAUGCUGUCUGGGCUAUCUGUGUUUGCAAUGUUUAUGUUUUUGUGGCAUUAUUAUACAUGUGAAUAUUUAUUUAUUAAAAAUAUACGU